CAUGUGGAAGUAGUGUACAGUUUGUCAACUGAGUCCUGCGUUAUGAGCGUUCGCCGAUUCGUUAGCCGUAGAGGUGCGCCUAUAGAAAUACAUUCGGAUAACGGAACGAAUUUCCGAGGAGCCGACAGAUUGUUGAAAGAACAAAUUCAGAACAUCAGUGAAGCUAUGGCCGAGACAUUCACCAACGCAACAACCAAGUGGGUAUUUAUUCCUCCCAGUGCCCCACACAUGGGCGGAUCGUGGGAGCGAAUGGUCCGUUCCGUUAAAUCGGCCAUGGAAGCAGCUAACGGGGGACGGAGAUUGGACGACGAAGGUCUGCUAACGCUAGCGCAAGAAGCUGAAAGUAUGGCAGUUCAAGCGGUGUACGACAACCAGCGGCGCGCCCAGCGAAUGAAGCUGCCGCUUUACGGAGUACCUGGGGACAGAUACAGUUUCAAAUGGACGUUUUCUGGAGACGAUGGACACGUGAGUAUCUGCCCACACUUACUCGGCGAAGUAAAUGGUUCGGGGAGGUAAAACCGAUUUCUGUUGGGGACGUAGUCUUUAUCGUAGAAGAAGCGAGAAGGAAUGGUUGGACAAGAGGUCGUAUUUGUAAAGUUUUUAAAGGGCAGGAUGGCCGUAUUCGGCAAGCGUUGGUUCAAACUAAUGGGGGUAUUAUUCGUAGACCAGUCUCAAGGUUAGCUAUAUUGGAUGUGGCGCCGGUUAGUAAAACUGGACCCGGAUCAUCCGCAGACCAGUGUUACGGGGAGGAGGAUGUGCAUGCUGGCAGCCCUGCUUCGCCAGAUCUACCACAGCGCCAGGCGAACAACCCCUGACAACCGGUGAUUACGGAAACCGUCCACGUCGAAUGACGUCUCCAAAUCCAUCUUUCAUGUCAUUUCGUCAUUUCGUGCCAAUGAGCUGCGAGAAAAGUCGCGCCAUUGCAGUGGUAAAAUUAUCAAUUUCAAAAUUUAUUAUAUAUAUAUAAAACUCCUUGCUACUUAUAGAAAUAGAAUUCGAUUAUGCCUAUGAACUAAAUUUGUUGCUACUAAAAUUCACAAUUGUUCCUA